AUGACAGAUGAUAACGAGUGGAUGAAGACAAUUCAGAACGAAAAUGCAUACCUGAAAAAUCAGGUUAGGUUGCUCCGGGAGAACUAUGAAUUACGUUCGUUACUGAGUCAGCACUAUGAAAACAGCAACGAAGGGCAAAUUAUCACUUCCCACCCUGCUCCCGUGUAUCCGAAUGCCUGCUCCCCAAGACGAGGAGCCCUGCCUCAUGGAAGAGAUAUCAAGCCACCGGAGAGCCCAAGUCACCUACAACCUUCACUGCUGCAGGAGUUCAGUUAUUCCCCUCUCCACAUUGCAAAUGAGGAAGCAACUCUGUCCAGCCCCAAAGCCCAGGCAGAGGUGACAUUUAAGGGGAUUCCCAAUAAUCCCACUUUGUUUCAGCCUACACCCAAGGAGAGGAAACCAAUCCUGCUUUCCAGCACUUCCUGGACCACCAGAGUGGAGAAACAGCUUCCAGAAACUAUAGACCUCUCAAGGUUGAAGAAAGUCUGCUUCACAGAUGUCACUUCACCUGGAGGAGAUAAGGCUCAUUUAUAUAGGAUGGCUCACCAACAGCAUGGAAGUGUCCUUAAUGCACCAGACCUGCUGAGUCAGCCCCAGCCAUCGUCCCUGGGAGAAUUUGUUUCCUCAAAUCCCCUCAGCAUUUCAAACAAGGAAGGGGCCCAAGCACAGCUUGUGUUCCCAGGAUACUUCAAAACAUCUGAGCCAUUUUCCCCAGGAAUUCCCCCAAGGAAGCCAGUCCCCCUUAUAAACAGCACACGGGAUAUAGUGGGUGAGAAAAUGUCCUUGGACUUGGAAGAGAUGCACAGGAAAAAGAGAGUCUCGUUCUCAGAGAGCCCAGGAGGAGAUGAGCCGCGGAAGCCCCAUACCUAUUAUUUAAACGAGCUUGAGCUGAACAGCAAGAAAAAUGGCCGCAUAGUGGGUGAAAUUGCCUUCCAACUAGACAGGCGCAUCCUUGCUUAUGUGUUUCCUGGAGUAACGAGACUUUACGGCUACACAGUGUCCAACAUUCCUGAGAAAAUCAAACAGGCCUCCAUGAAGUGCCUGAAUGGCUCCAUGGAUGAGAAAAAGCACCGAGCCAUGAUGCAGCGGUACCUGUCCCUCACUGCACGCCUCGAGAAGAUAGGCUACAACCCGGAUGUGCACCCGGUGUUCAGCGAGUUCCUGAUCAACACCUACGGCAUCCUGAAACAGCGGCCAGACGUGCACUCCAGCCCGCUCCACAGCAGCCCAGCGGAUCUGCGCAAGGUCGUGAUUGACAUCGUCCCAUCCAAGUUCCUUGGCGACACUUUGCUGCUGCUGAACUGUUUGUGUGAACUCUCCAAGGAAGACAGUAAACCUCUCUUUGCUUGGUAGUGGACUCUGCUCGCCGUACCCUGCGCUGGCAGAACAAUCUUCCCAUAGACAUGAACUCAAAAGCAUG